AUGUCGGCAAUGUCGGCGAUGUCCUUCCUGCUGGAGCCGCCGCCGCCGCGCCCCGAGCCCUUCCCGGGGCUCUUCCCGGCUCCGUGCGCGCUCCCGGGCCCCGAGCGCGGCCCCGCGGCCUCCCCGGUUCCCUUCCCGCCGUUCCCGGAGCCCUGGGCCGGCCCCGAGCGCGCUUUGCCCGCGGAGCCGCCGCCGCUCCCGCCCUGCGCCUUCCCCGGCGCGCCCAAGGCCGAGCGCGGCUGCGGCCGCUUCGCUCCCAAACCGCCCAAAAGCGCCCAAAACGCGGCCCCGAGCGGCGCCUUCGGCCGCGCCCACACCGAGCCGGGCCCCGAGGGGUUCUACGGGUACGGAGAGAGCGGGGAGAGCCCCGAAAAGGCGGAAUUUCAGCCCGGAUUCCCCGCGGAGGAGCCGCCGGAGCCCGCGGAGCGCGGAGAGCUCCGGUUCCAGCAGAAUUCGCCCCAAAACGCGGAGCGGCCGCGCAGAGAGGUCAAGGAGGAGGCGGGGAAGGAGCGCGGGGAGAGCGCGGACGGAGAGAGCUCGGACGGAGAGGCCAAAGCGGCGGCGGCGUCGGGAGCGCGCGCGGCGGGCGCGGGCGCGGCGGGCGCGUGGCUGGCGGCGCGCGGCGCGCGCAAGAAGCGCUGCCCGUACACGAAGGCGCAGACGCUGGAGCUGGAGAAGGAGUUCCUGUUCAACGCGUACCUGAGCCGCGAGCGCCGCCUGGAGAUCUCGCGGAGCAUCGCGCUCAGCGACCGCCAGGUCAAGAUCUGGUUCCAGAACAGGAGGAUGAAGCUCAAGAAGAUGAACCGCGAGAGCCGCGGCCGCCAGCUCGGGGCGGGCUUCGGCUUCAGCUGA